AUGUCACUUUCUGAAUAUAAACAUGUCAGAGAAGUUGAAGAGCUGUGGCAACUAGUGAAAAGUGAAUCUUCUUUGUUCAUUGGUGAAGAUAAUAGGAUAAUUAUGAGAUAUCUUCAUUUCACUCACUUUGAUGUGGAUAAAGCUUUUGCAAAGAUUAAAUCUGUAUACAAGUUGAAAUCGGAAAAUCCAAAGUGGUUUGCCACUACAGUUUUUAAUGAGAGCCACAAACUAGCUCUUUUAAGAAAUAUUCACUGCCUCUUGAAAGAUCGUGACCAAUCAGGAAGAAGAGUUUAUGUCAUUAAAUUAGGCAAUAUUGUAAUUGGUGAACUUGAUCCAUGGGAAAAUUUUCAAGUUGAUGAUUUAUGGUUAGAAUUAGCAAUGGAUGAACCGGAAACCCAAGAAAAUGGCCUAGUUUACAUAAUAGAUAUGAAAAAUUUAUCAUGGAGAUAUCUCAAAUACUUUACUCCACACAACUGUAAAGUUGCUUCCAUGAAAGCAGAGGGAAUUCCUGUUCAUCACAUGGAGUAUCAUAUAGUCAAUUCUGGAAUACUAUUGAACAGUUUGGUUACAAUUGUUUUUCCAUUUUUAAGUGGAUCAACAAAAGAAAAUAUACAUUUUCAUAAAUCCAAUUGGUCAUCUCUUCAUAAAUAUGUUACUCCAGACAUACUUCCAAGGGAAUAUGGUGGAAAGUUGCCUGAUUUGAAUUAUAAUGAGCUUCAGACUUAUCUUACUGACAAUGUCCAAAGAUUACAAGAACUUGUUGAGUUUGGCUAUAAGAAAGAGGGUGUGCCCAUAAAUAAUGAACCAUAUUAA